AACGGAGUGGGCAUAUAAUAUUAUGUCGAUGAAAACAUCAAUUGCUCAUUGAAUCAUUAUGGAACAGCUUGUGAAUUUCGUUAUAAGACCACCCAGAGCUGAGUAUGACCCAAAGAAUGAUUUGCUAGAUGAAGAAUUCAUGCUAAAAGGGAAGUGGUUCCAACGGAAAGAUUUGGAGGUUAAAAACAUUAGGGGUGAUACCCUUAAAUGUAGCCAUUACAUGCCUAUCAUAUAUCUUGAAGGAAAGCCACUUCCCUGUGUAAUCUACUGUCAUGGAAACAGGUUUGUGAAAAACUGAAAAUAUGCACAUCUAGAUAAAGUUUUGGGCAACAG